AUGGCCUCGGUUACGAUACGGCCCGCAUCGCCGGCCGAUGCCCCCGCCAUGGCCGCCGUGCACUACCGCGCGCAGGAAAAGUACCACGGCUUCUACGGGGCGUUUUUCGUGCACAGCCCGCGCGACAUUUUGACGCAGGCGACGGCGAGGGCGGUGCAGAAGGCGGAGAAUGUGUAUUUGGUUGCUGUGGAUGAGGAGGAGGAAAAGGUGGUUGGGUUUGUGCGAUAUGUUGUGGAAGAAGAGAAGAAGGGGGAGGAGAAACAAGAAGAAGCUGCUGCUGCUGCUGUUGAUGUUGUGAGCGAGAGUGAGGGUGAUGGGCCAUCGCUUUUUGGUGUCAAGGAGCAUUUGAAGGAGUUGUGGGAGGAGUUUAAUGAGAAGCAGGUUGCGAUGGAUGGGUGUUAUGAGAAGGCUGCUGAUGGGAAGAGACAUGUCUAUGUAAAUCACUUGAUGGUUGAUCCUGAGUACCAACGCAAGGGUAUCGGAGGAAAGUUACUCGGCGCCGUGCUGGAGAGGAGUGAUACGGAGAAGGUGCCGACGUUUUUGAUGUCGUCUGCGGAGUCGCGCGGGCUGUACGGCAAGAUGGGGUUCGAGAUUCUGGGGACGUGGAGGGUUGAUAACGGGGAGUGGGCUGGGAGGGUGGUGGAUGUCGAGAGGGGGAUGGGAAUGGGGAUUGUUGGGAGGGAAGGGGGAGGGAAAGGGCUGGAGGAGGAGUUUCGGGGAGUUGGGGAGGUGGAGGAUGUUAUGGGAAGCGGUCACUUCGCUUUUGCCAUGGCUGUCUAUUUCAACAACGCACGUGUUGGUGCCCCAAACCCCAGCCCAGCUCCCUUCUGGCAAGUACCAGGUACCGCAUCGCUCGCCUCGAAUACGCGCAAAGCACAGGUCCGGGCUACCCCACCGCUUUCACCGCCUGGGAUUCGCCGGGCAUCAUCACAAGCACUCCAACCGUCCUUGUCCCUUGUCCGUCCUGCGCUGUGCUUGUCCUGUCCUGUGCUUGUUGCCAAUCCACCUUUUGAACCUCCCCCGCCUCUGCCCGGACCCCCCGCGCCUCAGACGAGCUGCGAGUGCGAGGCAUUUGCUCCGAUCGUUGCAAUUGCAGUUCGACACAGCGUCGAGCCAGACAUGACUCGGCCAGAGCCAUGGAUUUCCCCCCUCUCCUCCGGGAGCUCUCGUCAGGACCAGGCAAAGGACCCUGCCAAGCGUCUUCAUCGCUUCGAGAAGGAAUAUGCCGGCUUGCUGUCCAUCUGGCGCAAAUCUACCAACCUGUCCCAAGACAUCGACGCCGCCGAAACCGUCGAGAUCAGGCUUCAAGAGCUGACCAACAUCCUCAGCGACGAGAGCCGACGCCCGCUGCCGCAUCCCUGCAUCCAGUAUGCCUCCAUCAAGCAGAUAUACGUGCCCAUCGGCAAGAUUGCCACCUCGUCCUACAACGAGUGGAUCAUAAAGGAGGCCGUCCUCUUCUUCGCAACGCUCAUCGAGAGCGAGGAGGAGGCCUUUGUUGAAAACCACACCUUUUCCGCCAGCCUGACAAACCUGCUGGUGCGCAUCACAGGUGUCAACAGCGCUCGUCUCGGGCUGGAUACCGAGUCUCGCGUCGUGGAGCUGGCUUUCAACAUCACCACCAAGAUCCGCCUGGACCCCGAGAUCCUCCCUGCUUGGUUUAAGACGCAGCAGGAUGUCAACCGUCCGAGUGACAGGGCCGCGAGUGUCCGGGACAAGUUCGCUGGCCGAACCAAGAGGGCUGACUUUCCACUCUUUUACAUCCUCAUGGACUACAUCCACCACGAGGGCAAGGUCGGCGACUUUGCGCGCACAGGUCUCUUAUACAUCAUCGAGGCCGCGUCGAGCUCCGAGUCCCUGGAGCAAUGGAUUGUCGAGAGUGACUUGUCUACUCUCAUGGCCACCGGGCUGGGAGCCUUGUACAGUCAGCUAAGUCGCAAACUCGUCAUAGAUCACCUGCCGAACAACUUGCCGCCUAUCCUCGCCCUCUCCGACUAUCAACACCCUACGUCCAACUACGAAAUUGUGAGCUCUUGCUCUAGCGAGUUUCAGUCCCACCUCGAGACCUUUUUGUCCCACCUUUUGUUUUGGCAGGACGUCUUGAAUCAUUGCAAAUCAGUCGAAGUCAAGUCGACUCUGCUGGAGCACUUUCAGGUUAUUUUCUUACAGCAGCUUCUAUACCCAUCAUUGCUUGAGUCGUCCGAUAUAGACGGAGGCUCGUCCGUGGCUGUUUUGACCUACCUCCGCCGCAUCAUCGAAUCCCUGGAUCACCCCGACAUGAUCAACCUCAUUCUUCACUACCUUUUAGCCUUGCCCGAAACUGUCAACUCGAACGGCCCUCCUUCGGGGACUGCCAUAAGCGCUGCUCGCCAGCGGAAAUCCAUGGACCUCGCUACCAUGAUGGCGGAAAAGCCCGAUACGACCGCGACUCCUCUCCUUUUCAACCUGGUGGAUCUUAUUCUUGCCUGUCUCCGAUCGCGCAACCAGCAGACCAUCUACGUGACUCUUCAGCUGGUGUCGGCAAUUGUCAAAAGGCACCAUCGAUACGCAGUGCUCACCCUCCUCCGAACCGACAUGUUCCCGAAGAACAAUAUCAACCGAACUGUGGGCGCUCACGAGCAGGAGAUCGAGUACUUGAUGGCCCUGGCAGAGAGCGUUGGCGGCCGGGGCGACUUCGACGAGACGUACGAGAGCAUCUUGAAAGACACCAUGGCCCGGCUUGAGAGUCACCCGUGUUCCCUUAGACUUGUCGCCCCCAGACUGUCGCAGCACAACCACAAACUACCCACCAUUCCAGACAGUCUUCCAGGCGCACCCAAAGACGUGCGGGAGCACACCCUUCGCCACGACGAUCUUUUACUCAACUCUAUCCUUGACCUGAUGGAAAACUUUUUCAUAAACCCGGUGGAGACGAAUCUAUCAAUCACUGAUACCAUCGUUGACAUGGCGAUCUGUGGCUACAUGAGCAUCGAAGGGUGGUUGGCUCGGAGCCCCGGCAGCUACGUCUAUGUCGAAGAUGAGCGACAGUCAAAGUCUGACGAAAAGAAGGACGCAAAAUCACAGCAGGACGGAGAGGGCGAUGAAGAGACGCAGACAGAAACGGGAGCAGAUGCCGAGACCGAGAUUGGUGAUCGGUCGCUGGCUGACGAGCUGGGGUCGCAAGAUGAUGCUUACUCGGUUGGCGGCUUCUCUACAUUCUCAGACGACACAGAGGAUGAUCGUCUGGACUCGAUGGAUCAGUGCAGGCGUCGGCCAAAGUGGACCCAGGACUCUCUUCCCAGAAUCCUCAUCGUGCUCAAGCGUCUCUGCGACCAAGUCGAGGCGUUCAAGCAGACGGUGCCCCGGUUUGACGAGCUUCUCCAGCAGCGCCGGGAAGCCUUCCAGACUGCGGAUUCGAUUCUCGACAACCCCCCGCCCCCUCCCGUUCUGAGGACCCCGCCGCCACGACCUAGCUCCAGCCUCGACGAAGUUAUUCGGUCUGUAUCUCCGUCGCGUCCGACUGGACUCGAGGGGUUCGCCCAGCGGCUGCUUUCUGAACUCGGAACGCCCAGCCGCUCUGUGACCCCUAGAGGACGCAAGAAUAGUACUCGAACAUCCGGUGCUUCCACACCCUUUAACGUGUCGGACCUGCUCUCUCCCAGCCCCAUGCCAAACACCUCCAAGCCGCUGCCUGACCCCAACAGGAUUGCUCUUAGCCGGAGCCUAUCUCCUUCAAGUGCUCAGAGCGAGGCCGGUGGGCACCAGCACCGAAACAGUCGGCAGGGCUCGGUAGUCGUCCAGCCGGCGGAUUUCGCAGCCGUGGACCAAAGCAUCCUGGCCCGGAUGGUGGCCCUGCCGGGCGAUCAUGUCACGCCGGUGCAGUUGGGCUUGGAAAGCAAACCAACUCCCGAUGUUCCCGAGUCUUUAUUCUCGGGAGACGAGCUGUCCAGCUUGGACGGAUAUGAUAGCAGUGCCGACCGGAGCGAGGUGGCCACUGAGCCAACCGUGGUGACGGAAACGACUGACAAUGCCGAGCCGACGAGCGAGAACAUGGUGUCGGUAUCGCAUGUGAUUACCAAUGUGCUCAUCUACCAAGGGUUCCUGCUGGAGCUGGCUAGUUUGAUGCAAGUCCGCGCCGGGUUGUUCAACGAGGUGCGCUUUGUUUGA